CCGCCCCCUGCGCUCACCUGGCCGCGCGCUCGCCCUCCGCGGGCCCGGGGCCCAUGGACACACACGCUCUUUCCGUCCGCACGCGCGCCUGCUCGCCGGCUCUGCCCAAAGGGUCCUGGUUGGAUUCUGGGCGCCCAAGCCAGGCUUCCAGAAGCCAAGGUCGCGGCUGGGAUUCCAGCCAUAGCACAGAGAAAGAGAGCCCGGGCAGCCCCGGAACGCCCUCGCGGACCCAGGAGCAUUGGUGCCCAGAGACCCGCGGCGCCUGAUCGUCACGACGACUAAGUUAUUGUUUUAGUCCAGGAAGCAUUUUUAGAGGGGCUGGUGAAGCAUGUCUUUAGCAGAUAAGAGACUUGAGAACUUGCAGAUCUACAAAGUUCUUCAGUGUGUUCGGAACAAAGACAAGAAGCAGAUAGAGAAGCUUACCAAACUCGGAUACCCUCAACUGAUCAAUUUCACAGAACCUGUUGAUGGACUCAGUGCUCUGCACUUAGCCUCAGUUUCCAAUGACAUCGAUAUGGUCAGCUUUCUUCUUGAACUUGGUGCUCACCCUGAUGUGCAAGACCGAAAUGGUUGUACUCCGACAAUGAAGGCUGCAGAACUGGGUCAUGAACUGUCCAUGGAAAUACUAGCCAAGGCAAAGGCUGAUAUGACUAUAGUUGAUAAUGAAGGAAAAGGUGUUUUGUUUUACUGCAUUUUACCUACAAAGCGGCAUUAUCGUUGUUCUCUGAUUGCCCUCGAACAUGGUGCAGAUGUCAACAAUUCUUCCUAUGAAGGAAAACCAGUAUUCCUUAGAGCUUGUGAAGAAGCUCAUGAUGUUAAAGAGAUGUGCCUGACAUUUUUGGAAAAAGGAGCCAAUCCCAAUUCUAUCAACUCAUCCACAGGUCGUACAGCUUUAAUGGAAGCAUCAAGAGAAGGGGUGCUGGAACUAGUUCGGGGAAUGCUGGAAAGAGGAGCUGAAGUGAAUGUAUUUGACAAUGAUAGACAUAAUGCUGCUCAUUUUGCUGCCAAAGGAGGCUAUUUUGAUAUAUUGAAGCUUCUCUUUGCCUACAAUGGAGAUGUGGGGUUGAUUGCAAUGAAUGGGAACACGCCACUUCACUAUGCUGCCAUGGGUGGUUUUGCAGAUUGCUGUAAAUAUAUAGCUCAGCGAGGAUGUGACCUGAAAUGGAAGAAUUUAGAUCACAGAACUCCCAGGGCUGUGGCCAAAGAUGGAGGCUUCAAAGCAGCAAGCAAAGAAAUUCGACGAGCUGAGCGAAUUGCUAAUAAAUUGGCCAAACCGGGAGUCAAAAAUCCCAAUCCCAUGUGGGCCCUCAGACUACAUGAUUGGUCCGUAGAACAUGAGGCCUUCCUUCGGGAAUCCUUUUCCUUUGUGGACAGAGGCAAUGGGACGGUCUCCAAGGAAGACUUUGUGUUGACCCUGGAGGAUAAGCAAGAUUUUGCAAACUCUGAACAACUGGCCUUCAUAGCUCAACUUCAUGAAAAAACCCGGGAUGGUGGAGUCAACAUUAAUGAUUUCUUUAAAGGAACCAAAUACUUAAGCAAGUCUUUCGUCUUGGGAUCUUUUGGGCCUAAGAAAAAGAAAAGAGGAAUGGGCAAAAAGGGACGGAAAGGCAAAUUUGUUUUACCCCUCCCAGUCUGCGUCAUUCCUGAGUAUGCAUUUCCAUUUAGGCCAGAUGGUGGGCCUCCGUAUUUCAUGAUUGAAACCUACCAGAAUGUAACUGAUUGCAGCCGGUUUAAUCAAGAUCACCCACCAGAACAUCCCAUUCAGGAUGAUUCUGCUUGGUACAUUGAUGAUCCAGGGAAAGUAUUUUCAAAUAUUAAUUUUGUCACCAGGGCUGGGGACCUGGCAUCUCUGAAAAAGGCUUUUGAAGCAGGAAUACCUGUGGAUAUGAAGGAUAAUUAUUACAAAACACCACUAAUGACAGCAUGUGCAAAUGGAAACAUAGAUGUUGUCAAGUUUCUUCUUGAAAAGGGGGCAAACGUUAAUGCAACAGAUAAUUUUCUGUGGACUCCACUACAUUUUGCAUGCCAUGCAGGGCAGCAAGACAUUGUUGAGCUGCUUGUUAAGUCUGGAGCUGUAAUAGAUGCAGUUUCAAUCAACAACUCAACCCCCUUGAGUCGAGCCAUUGAAAGCUGCAGACUGGAUACUGUAAAAUACCUGCUUGACAUUGGUGCUAAAUUCCAGCUGGAAAAUAGAAAAGGGCAUACUGCCAUGGAUGUUGCAAGGGCCUAUGCUGAUUAUAGAAUAAUUGAUUUGAUUAAAGAAAAGUUAGAUAACUUGCCUAAAACAGCAGAAAAUCAAAAACUGAAAGGCAAGCCACCUCCUAAAUUGAAGACUGAAGGUCCUGAAAUUAAGAAAGAAGAGGGAACCACUUCAUCCAUUUAUGGUAUGCCAGUCAUAUCGGAGGAAAAGAAAAUACAUAGGGAUAAUGUGGUUUAUCUCAAUUCAUUGAUUACCAGGGGCUAUACCAAGAAAGUAGAUAUCACAUUUAUUCCACAAAGGAUUUGGAGUCCUGAAGCCACAACAGCCGAGCUGAUCAGGAAAAGGGAACUACGGCGGGAGAGGUUUACUUAUGAGGUGGACUUUGAGGAUUUCAUGAUGCCUUUUCAGAAGAAUAUCACUGAAAAAGCCCAAGCAUUGGAAGCUUCUCUCAAGAUCUGAAUCACAGUAGUUUCUUCUUAGGGUAAAUGAAUGCUUUGAGGUACAGGAACUGAACUUUGGAGAAAGUCAAUAUUUCUAUCGAAGGCAAAAUCCCCCAAUGAAGCAUUCAUUACCAAAUAUUUGUUUUUUCUUUAACAACUAUAAAUAUUCUGAGAUGCAUAGUGAAGGUGUGUUUUAUUUUACAAUGAAUGGCAUGUUAUUGUGGAUAAAUCCCACAAUCAUCCAGAAUGCAGUGGAAUAUCUGGCAUUUGGGCAUAAACAUUGCUGUCAAAAAUUUUUAUCUGAUGUAUGCUAUAGUAAAGAUAUAAUUCUAGUGGAAAUUGAUGAAAAGUUUAAUGUAAGGAAGAAGGGGCAUGCAGUCAUUUAAGAAAGGAGUUUGUUUCUCACACACCAUUAUAAGUCAUGUGUCUUAGAUACCUUGGGCCAAAUAAACUUUGAACACCCACUUCCCUUCCCACUCUGGGAUUCUAGGGCUCUCAGGCCUGAUUUCCAAAUGCCAGAGGGCUACCUGUAGCACUUAACUUGAACAACAGAGCAGAAGUACCAGAGAAAUCACAAUCCCCUUGAAGCAGCUCUCAGAUAGUGAAUGAAUACAUUCAGAUCCCUCAUCCCUCCAGUAAGAUUUUUCUGAAGUACACAUUCUCCCUGACUCCUAGAGCAACACUGGGAUUAAGGUCAAGUUUCCCACAGUGGUAACUGGUUUGAUACCCUUCAUUACCACUUUUCUUUCCCUGUCCCAUUCUUUGCUUCCUCUGCUAGUUUUUAUUGACAUUACCUCCCAAACACACCUAAUCUUUGUCUCCCAUUUGCUCCUGGAAGGGCCUAAACUAAGACAACACCUAUGGUAUUAGAUAUGAUGCUGAGGCUCAUAGUAAAAAAUUUGAAAAUGCAUUCCCUUAUCUUCUGUUUACUACAAAAUAACCAUUUUUCCAGUAUGGAGAAUCUUCCCUCAGAGUCUCUUAUCUGCAAUUGAGAGGCAGUUCAAGUGGUAUUCAUAUAAUAAUUGGUACUUUGAACAGAAUUUCUAGAUGCCAGGAAAAAAUAUGAGAAUGUCUAAAGAUUACCAUUGUGAAUUACACUUAAGGGAAAAGAACAUCUGUGGUGGGGGACAGGAGGGAAAAGGAGGAUUUAAGACACCCAGCAUGAAACCUUACAAGUGCCUUCUGGGAUCUGGGUCUGGGGUCUGUUUAUACAUGGAAAGAAGUAUGUAAGGGGUCUGUUAGAUAAACAGUGUUGGUAUGGAUGGAUGGAUAAAUAGAUGAAGGAUUUAAUAUACGCAUGUAUGUGUGUAUAAAUAGAUGAAGGAUUUAAGUAUGAAUGAAUGGAUAGAUGAUAAAAUUAAAAAGAGUUCAUUUAUAUGAUUGUAGGGACUGCUGACUGGGCAAAUCCUGAUUUGUAGUAUAAACCAUCAGGAAAUGCAGGCUGGGAUCCCUUGAAUAAUUACUCUCCCUAAAGUCCUCCAGUGGAGUUUCUUCUUUCUCAGGGAAACCUCAGUCCUGUUUCUAUUCUUAAAUAUUUCUUCUGCAUGUACUUCCUAAAAGCAAAGAAAGUCAUUUACAUAACCAUAUUUACAACUAUUGAAAUUUCCACUGUAAUUAAUGCAACUGAUAGGAUCAGCUCUCACCAGAUUUUUGAGGAUGAUCUCUUCCUCAAAAAUCAACUUAUUGUAGAUGUUCAACUUAUUGUAUAAAGUCAACUUAUUGUAGAUGUUCAUGGCCUCUAUACAAUUCCAUCGCAGUAACAUCUGAUAUUAGUGUUUGAUUGAGUUACGAGGUACUAUAACUUAGCCAGGUUGAGACAUAAUAUGGAUCACCUUUGGAGGUGUACUACUAGAGUAAAUAGCAAAGGCAUUGCCCAAACGGGGAAUUGCAGUGGGUGCUGUGUAGGAGUCCCAGAAAUAUUUAUAAAAGUUCCAUCGACAGGAGGAGUUCAUUUUAGAACCUGUCUCACCAGAGGACAGCAACUUCAGAAUACAACUGUCAGCCAUAUACUGAUGAAAUCUGUCUCCUCUAGCCUCUUCCUUGUUUUCCAACCAUGAAGGGAUCUUUAACAGUAGCCAGUCGGGAAAAAGACAGAGGAAAGGGGAGCUAUGAACCAGGCCCACCUCUCUGGAGAGAGGGCUGAGCUGGAGUUGCUUGCAAACUUUGUCACUUAGAGCCCAGAGAUUCACUCUUAAACAGAAACUAAACCUUAUUUGUUUAAUGAGGUUUAGGUUUAGAUUAUUUUUUCCAUUUUGUAAAAAAAUUUCAUAUUUGUAGACAAGUUGGAAGAAUUUUAUAAAUUAUUCCUAUAUACAUUUAUUCAGAUUAUCUAAAUGUUAGUCAUUCACCACAAUUUAUUGAUCUCUUUUUCACUAUAUAUAUUCUGUGAGAGAGAGAGAGAGUAAUUUUUUCUGAACUAUUUGAGUAUUGAAUGAAGAUGUGUGUUUUUCCUAAAAGCAAGGACAUUGUUUCACAUAACAGUAUUAUAAAUGUCAAAAUCAGGAAAGCAACAAAUGAACUAUAAAAUCUACAAAUCUUUUUCAGGUUUUUGCUAUUAUAUCCUAAAACAAAAUAUCUAACCUAAAACAAAAGUAAAAUCCCAGGUCAUGGGAUGCAUUCAUUUGUCACAUCUCUUCGGUCUUUUAGCUUAAAAGUCUCUCUUCUUGUUAUUAUUCUAAUAACAUUAGUAUCUAAGAAUAUAGACCAGUUAUUUUAUCAGAUAUACCUCAGUUUUGCUUUGUCUUAUAUUUCUUCAAGAAUAUAUUCAUGAGAUGUGUUUUCGGCACCAUAGAUGUGAUAUUUCAAUCUUCUUUACAUUAUCUGAAUAGGUACAUGAUGUUGAUAUAUGAUGUCAAUUUUGUAAACUUCGAUUCUUUAGAGUGAUAUCCACCUAGUUUCUCUAUUACAGUAAACAUUUUUCUCUUUACGUUUACUAAGUAUCUCAUGGGUAGAUCUUUGAAACUGUGAAUUUUCUUUUAUAUCCAUAAAUUUCAUUAAUUUUAAUAUUCAUUGAUGAUACUUUCCUAGAAUGAGUGUUAAAGGGACAAUAACCAUAAGAUAAUUUUCCAAUCUCAUCAUUAUUUCCAUUUCUUAGUUAUCUUUCUGCUGUUGAGCAGAGCUUUCUUUUCUCCAAUAAUUUAUGUAUUUAAAUAAGUAUGGGCUCAUUACUUUCUUAUUUAACAGGUUAUAAUUGUAGGAACCCACUCAACACUCCAGUGCUGGUAAUUUAUCCAACAGCAGCAAUUUCUAGGAAGUAAGGCUGCCAUAAGUUCCUCUUUAGGACUAGCCUGCUUCUAGGGAAAAAAACACAAAUAAAACUAUUCCAAAUUAAUUCUCAAGGAGUGUGAACUUUCUGGUCCUGAAGGUGACAAAAGAACUACUUGCACCUAUGUAGAUAAACAUUAUCAAGAACUUUAUUGUCUCCUGUUUGUUUUCCUGAAACCUCACUGAUCUUUCAAAAAAAUCCACUCAUUCUCACAUAAACACCCUCUCUACCUCUCCUUUCCUAUUUUUAAAUUUGUUUAAAUUUUAAAAAGUGUUGUAAUUGUACAUAUCUGUGGGAUAUAAUGUGAUGAUAUAUAAGCCCCAAAUUGUAACUACCCCUUUGAGCUACUCAUCACAAUAUGAUAAGGAAUGCGUGCACACUGCACACAUAAAUAAAUUCUUUUCUCCUAUUUAUCUGCCUUUUGUUAGUUUUAUUCACAGACCCCCCCAAAUGCUGAACCUAAGAGGGUAGAGGAAAAGUUUAUCUUCUCCUAUGUAAUUCUUUACUACGAUUACUUUUGUUGAUGCUCUAAUGUCCCUGAUUUGGCCAUGGAAAAUAGACUCCUGAGAAGCAGGCAUUUUGCUUCUGAAAAUAGCUUUAUUUCUUGAAUACAAUGGAAAAUGUUCACACACAGUUUCAUUCAUAAUGAGAAAAAUGAAUCUGCAAUAGCAGAUCUUCAGAGAUUGUAGUGCUGUUUUCACCCUAGUGAGUACUCUUCAAGUGUCAGCCUGACAAAUACUGCUGUACUGUGAUCACCUUCAGCCAU